AUGCGGAGUUAUUCAUACGGCUCAUCGCUUAACCGUUCAGAAUGUCAACCACUUUGCCACUUUAUUCAGAAUAGGAUUAGCUUGGAAGAAAUUACCAUCGAUUUAGCCGUAGACUCUAUAGAGCUAGCAGAGAAUGGGCAUGGCCCUCCAGUAAAAGCCAAGCUUGUAAUAUCUGAGCCUAGACGCAUCCUUUCCCAAAUGCAAAUGCUAAACUCCUCCAGUGUAUUUUAUAGGGAUCUGCUUGAAAUAAAAUGUGAUUCUUCGAUCUGA